AUGGCUCGUACAAUGCAAACUGCUUCAAUGGGACCGCUUCUCACGAACGGCAGAAACCAAGUUAUGACUCAAAUAGAGAUCUGGAUGGCAUCACGAGUCGAAUCAGUCACAGCGGCCGCAGUGUCGCCCAUGACGCCCUCGCGCAGUCUGACUGCAGCAAUCAAAGAUCGAAUCCUACGCGCCAUAAACAAAGCGAAAUCAGUGUUUCAGACCAGCACUAUAUACAUUAAAGUCCAUCCUAGCCUCGUCUGGUUCCUCCUUCUACAUAGUCUGACAUGCAAGACCCACAUUGACCAGCAGGUGACGGAGUUGCUUAAGCGCAGUGUCCCUAUCUGGCCAAUGCAGCUUCGGCGGUACACCGAAUCAUUUCCGCAAUCUCUAGGUCGUGACUAUAACGUGCCGACGAUGAAAACCGACCCUAUCAUUGGGCUUGAAGGGCGUGAUGGUUGGGAAGAGUUCAUUCACCCGCCGGGAGCUACGUAUAGCUACAAUGCAAAAAUGGUCCACAGGCUCAAGUCUUGGAUCAAUGUAUCAAGGACCAAAUUAAAUGGACAAGAAUGGUUGCUGGUCGUUGAGCCGGUGUUGGUGGGAGGGGAGGAGAUCUAUCCAUAUUAUUAUGUGGUCCCAGAGAAACGCAUUAUUACCUGGCUAGAACCGCUGGAUGGCUACCUUCUUUUCCAAGAAUGUACGGCGGUAUGGCACUGGAAUCACAAAAGACUCGAACUUGAAGCCCAAUUUUGGAAACACGUUGAAUACUUUCCAUGCGGGAUCGAAAUACGUGUCUCAGAAGUGAGAGCUUUGCGGAUUCAAAUGAACUGGUACCGCAUUGUCGAUGACCAAAGAUCAGAAGAACUUGCAGAACCUGAUGGGACCAUGAAGGAGCAGGGUAUCGCAAUCUGCGGUGCAUGA